UAUGUCUAAUAGAAGCAAGUAGAAUGCAUCAAAAGGACCAGGUAAUUCAAAUUAUUAAUAUAAGAUAAGGGAGCAUUUCCAUUAGAUCAUUUUCAUGAGUGUGAUAAUGAAGCAAAAUAAUAUAAUUAAUGCAUCCAAAAACAUGAGAACAUGCCAAAGAGAUGUAGAAAAUAUCAAGUUGACUAUUUACAAUGUAGAAUGAAUAAUGGUCUUAUGGAAAAAGAAGAUUUGAGUAAAUUAGGUUUAGGACCAGAAGUAUAGAUUUAUUCUAAUUUCAAAGACAUCUUGGGAAUCAGAAGAAUAAGAAAAAUAAUUUUUAUUUGAUAAAAUUAAUAGAAUCAAAACCAAGGCUAUGGAAGAAGUAAAAAAAAAAUCAGAGUAAUCAAAUAAAUAGGAGUGAU